AUGCCUAGCAGAUACCUCUCCGAAGUCAACGACAUGGUGGAACUUAAGCGGUCCUGUGAAGUGAACCUAUGUGCUCUGGAUAAACUCAAGGCCUCCAUCCUUAGUCACCAGGCGCAAGCCGCUGAGAGCCUAGGAGAACCUACAAGAGCAAUCGCACUAAACAAAGAAGUGUACGAAAUACGACUUCAGGAAAAGCCGCGUGUGAAAGUCAUGCUGUGUUUCACCGCAAACAAUAUCGCUUACUGCUAUAAUACAGCCAAUAUGCACGAAGAAUCCGAAAAAUGGCGUCAACGAGACUUUGAGACUGCUGAAGCCCACUACAUUGAGGCUCAAAACGCUUGGCUUAAGGGCGAUCAAAUGCGCGCUCAUCCGUUUUAUGCUGCAUGUUUAUCCAAAACUGGGGCUUGCUGUCUAGAUCAAGGCAAAGUUGAAGCCGCAAUCAAACAUAUUCGUGAUUCUUUAGAGGUCACAAAAAUACGCAAGGAAGACAGAGUUGUCGAGCACGCUCGCAACUUGUUUAAGCUCUCAGAGGCUGCUUUGCAGGAGAGUCUAGAUGACAGCGAAGUUGAGGCGGCAGAGCUUUGA